AUGCCGUCAUGGACGGGCAUCUUGUCAUCAAAGCCCAACUACACAGUCAUCCGCGGGCCCAUGUAUACGCAGCCGACUGCCAACUUCAUCCGCAAGAUGAAGAAACUCCAGGCUGUCAACCUGGAUGAUCAUGAGGAGGACCCAUGUGAAGAGCCGAGCUUCGGCGGCGGGCCGAGGGGGCGAUAA